AUGCCAUCCAGUCUCGCAGUCCUCGACACCGUAGAGUACCAGACACUGGGCCGCAAGGCCACAAUGAAGAUGGACAUGAUCAUUAUGCCCAUACUGGUCAUAAUGUAUAUCCUCAACUACCUCGACCGGCAGAACAUCGCCAGCGCCAAAAUCGCCGGCAUCGACGCCGACUUGAAUCUCUCGGGCGUCGAGUACCAGACCGCCGUCAGUAUCCUCUUCUGUGGCUACAUCCUCAUGCAGGUCCCGUCCAACAUGAUCGUGGGAAAAAUCAAGAGGCCGGGGAUGUACAUCUGUGGGGGCAUGGCAGCGUGGGGCAUCCUCUCGGCUCUCAUGGCCGUUGUGCACAACUAUGCCGGGUUGCUGGUCGCAAGGGUGCUUCUGGGCUGCAUUGAGGCGAUUUUCUUUCCGGGGGCCUUGUAUUUCUUGUCCUUGUUUUAUAAUCGGAGACAGUUUGCUUUGCGCACGGCGAUCUUGUACUCUGGGUCGCAGUUGGGGAAUGCUUUUGGAGGCCUGUUCGCGAUUGGAAUCUUGAGACUGGACGGUAAGCACGGCCUCGAAGGCUGGCGCUGGCUCUUCCUCGUCGAAGGCGUCCUCACCACCGGCCUGGCGCUCCUCUUCUCCCUGAUCCUCCCCAACUCUAACCGGGAAAUUCUCGGGCUCUCCAAGCUAGAAUGCACCUUCGUUCAAUGGAACCUCGCAUCCGACCAAGGCCAACACGACAACACACAUGAAAUCACGGCAUUUAAGGGCUUCAUCCUGGCCCUGACUGACCCCAAAACCUGGCUCUUCACGGGCAUCCUCUACUCCACCUACAUAGUCGGCACGCUAGCCAACUUCUUUCCCCUCGUCGUCGAAGGCCUGGGCUACGAUCGCACCACCACGUACGCCCUGUCGGCCCCGCCUUUCAUCCUCUGCGUGAUCGCCAUGCUCGUCAACGGCUUCCACUCGGACCGGGCGCAGGAGCGGUUCUUGCACAUUGUUUUGCCGCUGUGUGUCACCCUUGUAGCGUGUAUAAUCGCUGUGUCGACCGUCAACGUCGCCGCGCGCUACGUCGCUAUGAUGCUGCUGCCUGCAUCGUUUUACGGGUCAUCCGUAGUGACGUUGUCGUGGAUCACGGCUGGUCUGUCACAGCCCGCGGUGAAGAGGGCCGCGGCCAUUGCCUUGAUUAAUGCGCUUUGUAAUACGCCGAAUGUGUGGGGGAGUUAUCUGUACUAUGGGGCGCCGAGGUAUCUGACGGCAUUUGUGGUGUGUUUGGGGGCUACGGUGGUGGCCAUUGGGUUUGCGGUUGUGACGAGGAUUUAUUUGGGGAGGCUCAACAAGAAGUUGACUAAGGGUGAGGACAUGAGGAGGCAUGGGCCGACGGCGGCUCAGAUUGCGGGUGGGUUUAGAUACACGUUAUGA